AUGAAAGCAUGUGCGCCUGUGCUACUUCCGGAAAGAUCGUGCCGCGCAAACUCUCCCACCAAGGCUCGUGUGCUCCAUGGGCAAUCGUCGGUCAACUUUCUUUCGCCGACAUCCUUCGUCACCCUUCCGCUAUACUGUGUGGCUGCUCAAGCUUGGCAUCACCAUCGGAGGCGGUCGUGCAGGUCCCGGGCGAGUAUAAGAGAUGGUGUGUUAGCAGCCUUGCAGGCCGAUGACAACGAUGACGAGUCUUCUUCAAGAAACACAAGGGGCUCAAAAAACAACAAGGGCAAGCAGAAGGCUGCCAGGAGAGCUGCAGAGGACCAGGACAUCCACAACACUGAUGGUCUGCUGAUGCUCGCGACUGCGAUUUUGCAGAGGCGUGACAGGGUAAUGAUGUUUCGAGAUUUCGAGCUGUUGUGCAUGAGCAAUGAUCUGGAAGCUGAAGAUGUGCUCUCCAAGUGUGAGUUCCUCGUGCGAGAGGACUCUGGCAUCGUCGACACCGUUGAAGUGCAAAGCUUUGAUGACGUGCUGGUGUUUUGCUUGGUAGAGAAAUUCGGUAGCGAUGGCGGCAGCAGCAGCAGCAUGUUGCUUUCCCAACUGGGCGAAUAUGCCUCUGAGCUGUUACCCAAGCGUGAGCGAGAAACGCAAGGCAUUGGGCGCAUGCUGGCCCUUCAUGCGGACAAGUUUUGUGUUUCGGGUGAUAGAGUAACCAUCCGCCAGCGACCAACCUGGCCAGAGCCAUCGUUCGAAGACGCAGUCCCCACAUCAUUGUCGAAACUGUCAGCUGGUGUCGAACGAGAAGGAAGUGCAGACUCAUCAACGGUCACGGCCGACACUUUUGCUGGCCGUUUGAGAAAGUCCGUGCCCGACAUCACAGAAGCUCUGUUGAAGCAACCGGUGCUGUUCAGAGGCAGCUUGGGAAAGACGUCCGCAGAGUCCGACACCAAGAAGCUGGCUAGUGCUUUUGAGAAAUGCAUUGAGCAGUAUGGAUUUCUGAUGCUUGGAAGCCGUUGCACACCCAUUUCUUAA